CUUCGGCGGGGCCGCUUGUUUUUUGUGAAUGGAAGGCGGGGCGGCCCCGACUGCAGCGCGCCGCUCCGCGCAGGGCUCCGCGCAGGGCUCCGCGCAGCGCAGCGCAGCGGGCCGCGGAUGCGGAGAGCGGAGCGGCCGAGGUGCCGGCAUGGGCCCCCGCGCCCCAGGCCCUGAGCCGCGCAGCGCGGCGCCGAGCCGCGCAGUGCCGAGCCGCGCAACCUGCGCCGUGGCCAUGUCCGGAGGGGCGAGCCCGGCCCCGGCCCCUGGGAGCCGCCGCUUCGUCUGUGUUGGUGUCCCAAUUAAUGGAUUCUGACAUGGAUUAUGAGAGGCCAAACGUAGAAACUAUCAAGUGCGUCGUGGUCGGGGACAACGCGGUGGGCAAGACCCGACUCAUCUGUGCCCGCGCCUGCAACGCCACACUGACCCAGUACCAGCUCCUCGCCACCCACGUGCCCACGGUGUGGGCCAUUGACCAGUACCGUGUCUGCCAGGAGGUGCUGGAGCGCUCCCGGGAUGUGGUAGAUGACGUUAGUGUGUCCUUGCGGCUUUGGGACACCUUUGGUGACCACCACAAAGACAGGCGCUUUGCCUAUGGCAGGUCCGACGUUGUGGUUUUGUGCUUCUCCAUCGCCAACCCCAACUCCCUGCACCAUGUGAAGACCAUGUGGUACCCAGAGAUCAAGCACUUCUGUCCCCGCGCGCCUGUCAUCCUGGUGGGCUGCCAGCUCGACCUGCGCUAUGCCGACCUGGAGGCCGUCAAUCGGGCACGGCGACCCUUGGCCAGGCCAAUCAAACCCAACGAGAUCCUUCCCCCGGAGAAGGGGAGGGAGGUAGCCAAGGAGCUGGGCAUCCCCUACUACGAGACGAGUGUGGUGGCCCAGUUUGGCAUCAAGGACGUCUUUGACAAUGCCAUCCGUGCCGCCCUCAUCUCCCGCCGUCACCUACAGUUCUGGAAGUCCCACCUCCGCAACGUACAGCGGCCUCUUCUCCAAGCCCCCUUCCUUCCCCCCAAGCCCCCUCCACCCAUCAUCAUCGUCCCAGACCCCCCUUCCAACAACGAGGAGCGUCCAGCCCACCUCUUGGAGGACCCCCUGUGCGCGGACGUCAUCCUGGUGCUGCAAGAGAAGAUCAAAAUCUACGCACACAAGAUCUACCUCUCCACCUCCUCCUCCAAAUUUUACGACCUGUUCCUCAUGGACCUGAGCGAGGAGGACCAGCAGAGCACCGCGGGGCACGGCUUUGGGGUGGCCGUCACCGCGGCCGCCGAGCGGAUGCUGCACCAAGAGGAGAGGCACCACGGGCGGGAUUUCCUCCUGCGAGCUGCUAGUUUCGAUAUCUGCGAGAGCACCGAGGAGGCUGGGUCUGGCCAGCGAAAACCGUGCCUUAGAGCCUCCACCAGUGAUGGGAUCCUGCGGGGCAACCGCUACGAGAACGGGGAGCACGGGCUGCGGCGGGGAAGGAACCUCUCCUCUUGGAGCCGGGCUUUCACCAGCAUCCAGGAGGAGAUGGCAGAAGACCCGCUGACCUACAAGUCCAAGCUCAUGGUGGUGGUGAAGAUGGAUGCUUCCAUCCAGCCAGGUCCUUUCCGGGCCGUGCUGAAGUACCUGUACACAGGGGAGCUGGAUGAGAACGAGCGGGACCUCAUGCACAUUGCUCACAUUGCUGAGCUGCUGGAGGUGUUCGACCUCCGGAUGAUGGUGGCCAACAUCCUCAACAACGAGGCGUUCAUGAACCAGGAGAUCACCAAAGCCUUCCACGUCCGGAGGACCAACCGGGUGAAGGAAUGCCUGGCCAAGGGGACUUUUUCGGAUGUCACCUUCGUGCUGGAUGAUGGUGCUAUCAGUGCCCACAAGCCCUUGCUCAUCUCCAGCUGCGACUGGAUGGCCGCAAUGUUCGGCGGCCCCUUCGUGGAGAGCUCCACCAACGAGGUGGCACUUCCUUACACCAGCAAGAGCUGCAUGCGGGCGGUGCUGGAGUACCUCUACACCGGGCAGUUCAGCUCCAGCCCCGACCUCGACGACAUGAAGCUCAUCAUCCUCGCCAACCGCCUCUGCCUGCCGCACUUGGUGGCCCUCACCGAGCAGUACACCGUCACCGGCCUGAUGGAGGCGGCCCAGAUGAUGGUGGACAUCGAUGGGGAUGUGCUCGUGUUCCUGGAGCUGGCUCAGUUCCACUGCGCCUACCAGCUCGCCGACUGGUGCCUCCAUCACAUCUGCACCAACUACAACAACGUCUGCCGCAAGUUCCCCCGGGACAUGAAGGCCAUGUCGGGAGAGAACCAGGAGUACUUCGAGAAGCACCGCUGGCCGCCGGUGUGGUACCUGAAGGAGGAGGAUCACUACCAGCGGGCGAAGAAGGAGCGGGAGAAGGAAGACUACCUCCACCUCAAACGGCAGCCCAAGAGGCGGUGGCUCUUCUGGAACGCCUCCACCUCCCCUUCCUCCUCUCCUUCAUCGUCGGCAGCCACAGCCUCCUCUUCCUCCUCCUCCUCCUCCUCGGCUGUGGUUUGAAAGCCCGUCCUUGCCCUGGCUCCAGCAUCCCUGGGAGGAGACGGGGAGGAGGAGGAGGAGGAGGAAGAGUGGGGUGACCUGCCCCAGCGCCAAGUGUGGAGCGGACGCCACCGGCCAAAGCCCCAGAGGAGACGGGGGUAGCGGGGGCUUGUCCCUGCGGAGGGGCUCGGGGCCGGGCGCCAGCCCCCGGCGCUCCUGGAGCCCUGCUCUCCCCGCGCCGCAGCUGCCAGCACGCUGCAGGACUGGCAGAGACCGAGCAGCAGGAGAAACUCAUGUUUACAGGAGCACGAGGGCUGUGUUGUGGUUUUAUUUUGGUUUCGUUUUGGUUUUUUGGUUUUGUUUUCGUUUGGACAUCAGCUGCAUGAGGAAGAAGAAGAAACCCAUCCAGCUUCCACUUGAAUUUGUAAGCAGAAGCUGCGGGAUGUGGUUGGUUUGUCUGAUGGCACGUUGUCACCCUGGGCAGCCGGAGCCGCUGUGGGGGUCCUGCCACCCCCUUCGACUUGCAGCAGGGUUAGGCAUGGUGCAGGGGACCCCGGUCCCCAGACGCCUCCAGGCACUGCAGCAUCCUUCCUUCUACUCACAAGUGGGGUCUGUCCUAAUUUGGGGAGCAGGAGGGGGCAGGAGCCCUCUCCUCCCUGCCUCUUAAUUUCUCUUUUAUUUAAGAAGAAAACUUAAAGCAAAAAAAACUCCAACACCCAAUCAUCCCAAACCCACCCGCCCACCCCAACUUGCCACACCAGAAACCAACCCCAGGCUCUUGGCUUGGGAUUUUAGCCUGGAAGGCUCCAUUGUAAUAAAUGGUAUUUUAAAAGCC